AAAAGAAAAAAAAAAAAAAGAUAACAAUCGUUAUACACCUUCACCGUUAAAUUCGACGAUGGCGGAAUCUUCGAGCAACACUCGCCUAUCGAAUUCUUCCGACGAGGUUUCAGUCUACUUGGACGCCGAACCUCGAUCUACUACCGACAUUGCCACCACCUCAUCAUCUUCAGGGCAUGUUGACAGGGACACGUCAACUACUAGGCAUAGUUUGGCUGAAGUCAUGGCUAUGGCUGAAGCUGAAGCUGAACGUGCACCGACUCGUCAUAGCCGGUAUCACCGCCAAAAGAGUGCUACUAAAGUUAGGAAGAACACCGGAAUUGGCUCCAUUAUGAAGUUCCUUGAUGAGAAUCUUCCCGCCAAGAAAAGGCUGCGAUUUCUAAAAAGAGCUUCUGUGAUUAAGGAUGAUGGCACUGUCGAAUUUGAUGUACCAAGAGAUAUCAAGCCCCCAGAAAACAUUGGAACUACGGUUACCUCUAGGGAACUUUGCAAUGAAUCUGGGGAAGCAACACCCUAUUAUGAUAUUCAUCCACUUCAAAUAGUAAUGCUUAUAGUUGGCACUCGGGGAGAUGUCCAGCCAUUUGUUGCUAUUGGGAAGCGUCUACAGGAAGAUGGCCACAGAGUUAGGCUAGCUAGCCAUAAGAAUUUCAAAGAUUUUGUUUUGAGUGCAGGCUUGGAGUUUUACCCUUUAGGUGGAGAUCCCAAGGUUCUUGCUGGUUAUAUGGUCAAGAAUAAAGGCUUCUUGCCGUCGGGCCGCUCAGAAAUUCAUAAACAAAGAAAUCAGAUAAAAGCUAUUAUAAACUCUUUGCUUCCAGCUUGCAACAGUGCUGAUCCAGAUACUCAUGUUGCAUUUAAUGCAGAUGCAAUAAUUGCCAACCCUCCAGCAUACGGGCAUACUCAUGUUGCUGAGUUUCUAAAAGUUCCACUUCACAUAUUCUUUACAAUGCCAUGGACGCCAACAAAUGAAUUCCCUCAUCCUCUUUCCCGCGUUAAGCAACAAAUUGCAUAUAGACUGUCAUAUCAAAUAGUUGAUUCUUUAAUCUGGCUUGGAAUACGAGAUUUAAUAAAUGAAUUUAGGAAGAAGAAGCUAAAGCUAAGGCCUAUUACUUAUCUAAGUGGAUAUUAUACGUCCCCUCCUAACAUGCCCUAUGGUUAUAUAUGGAGCCCUCAUUUGGUCCCUAAACCAAAAGAUUGGGGACCCAACAUUGAUGUUGUUGGAUUUUGUUUCCUUGACCUUGCUUCAGAUUAUGAGCCACCAAUAUCAUUAUUAGAGUGGCUUGAAGAAGGCGAAAAGGAAGGCAAAAAACCUAUAUAUAUUGGAUUUGGUAGCCUUCCUCUAGAGCAGCCAGACAAAAUGACACAAAUUAUAAUUGAAGCUCUGGAUAAGACCGGGCAGAGAGGAAUCAUCAACAAAGGCUGGGGUGGACUUGGGAAUUUGGCAGAAACAAAGAAAUCCGUGUACUUAUUGGACAACUGUCCACAUGAUUGGCUAUUCCUAAGAUGCAAGGCUGUGGUGCAUCAUGGGGGUGCUGGAACAACUGCUGCUGGUCUUAGAGCUGCAUGCCCAACAACAAUUGUACCAUUCUUUGGGGACCAGCCAUUUUGGGGAGAGCGAGUGCAUGCCAGAGGAGUAGGCCCGGCACCGAUUCCAGUGGAUGAAUUUACAUUAGGCAGGCUGGUUGAUGCUAUAAACUAUAUGCUGAAGCCAGAGGUAAUAUAUAUAUAUAUAUGCGAUCAAAGUGGUUAGUAUUUGUCUCACACCAUAUGUACCAGAAAAAAGGAAAGUAGAGAAAGCUUUUAGAUGUAAAGGGAACUAAUCAUCAGAGACAAAGCCAAGCAUAAGAUCCAUUUAUAGUUUCCUCCUAAAAUACAGCAUGGAAUCAUACAGAAGAGAGUAUAAAUAAAACAAAUGCAAGUUAUGUUCACAAUUUUGGCUUUUUAUUAGCACUACAUGUUUUACAUCGUUCUUACAUCUCACAGGUNGGGUAGCAGGAGCAGUUGCAGCCUUCUAUAAACAUUAUCAUCCUCAAACACCUGAUUCCGAGACCAACCAUCAACCGGUAGCCACCAUGCCUAGACUUGGGUUCUCCUUCCUAGGAUGCUUUGGUCUCUCUAGAUCUAAAUCCACAACUUCUAGAUAGAUAUCAAUCUUCGUUAUUCUAGAUAGAUAUAAAUCCU